AUGCGGGAAAGGAAGUCCCAGAAGUGGGAUGAAUCAAACAUCCGAGCGACGUAUUGCCAAGAAUACGGAGACUACGAUUUACUGCAGCUAAAUGGGUCCGGUGUGCAAGAUGAUGGGGAAGAUAAAGAGAGUGAGGCCGACUCGAAGGAGCCCAUGACCGUGGACAAGCUGGCUAUGAAGUUUGCCGCCACCAGCACCUCGGAUCAAGAAGACAGCGGAGUGCAGGCCUACAAGAUCCUCCUGGACAGGCAAGAAAGAAGGAGGCAGUUUGAGAGGAAGCGGAAGCUGCACUACAGCCAGGGCCCGGAUAUUAAAAUCGCAAGGGAGCUCCUUUUGGCAGAACUACAAGAUGAGGAGGCGGAUGAAAGUGAGGGAGGCCUCUGUGCUACACCUGCCGGGAAGAACCCGCCUGAAGCUCCGGCCGGCGAUGAGCUGUAA